GCCCAAGGUAAUACAGCAUCAUCACACGGCAUCCCUCGAUAACCAUACACGCCCGUCUAGUCAUAAUAAAGUCGUGUAAGACUGACGGAUCGUGCUACUCGUGCCUAUAUUUGUGGUGACCUUCCGAUUCCUGUUGCUUCAUCUACCUUCCUCUCCUCGCCUCUGACCCUCCUCCUCCUCUCCCUCACAACCAUCCACCACAUCCCACUCGACCAUGUCUCAAAUACCACACUGGGUGCGCAGCCUCAAGCCUUCGGGCCCUCAAGGCUCAGAGUUGCUCGCCUCCGAGCGUAACUCGUCCAAGAUCGAUGUCGCUCAGCUCAGCAAAGUCCUCUUCACCAAGGAGGUCCUUGAGCGAAAGCGCAAGAUCCUCGCCAUCUUGCAAUCAGAGAAGAUCUUCGACCGUAGCCAGGACUGCUUCAAUGGCAGAAUCGACAAGUUCGAGGUCGCCCUCGGCCGCGCCAAGCGGUUGGCACAGAUCUUCCAGGAGCAGAACUGGGAUGAUGUCGACCGGAGAUUCGCCAAUGACCUCAUCAGCGAGCCGCUUCCCUACGCUCUCCACGAGAGCAUGUACCUCGUCACACUCCGCAACCAAACCACACCAGAGCAGCAAGAGAAGUACUUGAAGCCAGCUGAGUCGUACGCCAACAUCGGUUGCUACGCCCAGACUGAGCUCGGACACGGAAGCAACGUGCGAGGUUUGGAGACCACCGCCGUAUGGAACCCCGAGGACAAGACCUUCACCCUCCACUCGCCGCAUCUCACUUCAGCCAAAUGGUGGAUUGGUACCCUCGGCCGCACUGCCAACCACGCCGCCGUCAUGGCCCAGCUCAUCAUCGGCGGCAAGCCGUACGGCCCUCACCCGUUCAUCGUCCAGAUUCGUGACCUCAAGACCCACGAGCUUCUGCCCAACAUUUACGCCGGUGACAUUGGUCCCAAGUUCGGUUACAACACCAUGGACAAUGGUUUCCUUCUCUUCAACCACGUCAAGAUCCCUCACAUUGCCAUGUUGGCCAGAUACUCCUCGGUCGACCUCAAGACUAACCAAUACGUCCGCCCUGCCUCUCCCACGCUCGUCUACGGCACUCUCACAUGGGUCCGCAGCACCAUCGUCAUGCAGUCCGGCAGCGUCCUCGCCCGUGGCGUCACCAUCGCCACUCGUUACGCCGCCGUCCGCCGACAGUUCCAGGACCGUGAUGCGCCUCCUCACGUCCGUGGCGAGAACCCCGUCAUCAACUACACCAUGGUGCAGAUCCGUCUCCUGCCCCUCCUGGCCACCUGCUUCGCCCUGCACUUCACCGGCAAGGGUAUGAUGCAGCUGUACGAGGCCAACCAGAAGAAGAUGUCCCAGAGCCGGACUCCCGACCAGGCCAAGCGCCACUCUGGUCCCGAGGAGACCGUCCCCGGUUCCGACCUCCUCGCCGACUUGCACGCCACCUCUUGCGGUCUCAAAUCGCUCUCCUCCCACACCGCCGCCGAAGGUCUCGAAGUCUGCCGACGUGCGUGCGGUGGCCACGGCUACAGCUCCUUCGCCGGAAUCGGUCAGUGGUACGCCGACUACCUGCCCACCGCGACCUGGGAGGGCGACAACUACAUGUUGACCCAACAAGUCGCCCGAUACAUGCUCAAGUCCGCGCGCUCCGUCCUCCGCGGCGUCGAGCCCACCAACGACACCACCAACAUCCUCACCUACUACCACAAGCGUGCCGACGUCGGCGCCGCCUUCGACAUCAUCGGCCGCGACGAGGACCUCGUCGCCGCCUUCGCCUGGCGGUCGGCCUACCUCACCUUCGAGGCUCUCCGCCACCGCGACGAGCAGAAGAAGUCCUGGAACAGCCUGCUCGUGGCCUUCUACCGCCUGUCGCGCGCCCACUCGCAAUACAUCGUGGUCAAGAACUUCUACGAGACCCUCCAACACCAACAGCAGACCGCCGAGCUCGACCCGGAGACCCAGGGCGUGCUGUACAAGCUCUUCCGCCUGUACGCCCUGCACACGCUCGAGAGCGAGGCCAGCGAGUUCUUCACCUCGGCCGCCUGCACGGUGCGCCAGAUCCAGCUGGCGCGCACCACGGCCGUCAUGAAGCUGCUCGAGGAGGUGCGCCCGCACGCCAUCCGCCUGGUCGACAGCUGGGACUUCCCGGACUACCAGCUCGACAGCUCGCUCGGCCGCUUCGACGGCAACGUCUACGAGGACAUGUUCUACCGCGCCGCCGAGCUCAACCCGCUCAACCGCAUCACCGUCGACCCCUACCCCCACAACGCCACCAUCUUCAAGAGCAACGAGGCCAACCAGGUCAAGGGCAAGUUGUAGAUGGGAUAACGACGUAUGAUGAACGACGGCGUUGAAAUCCACCCCCAGUCCAUCUCCGUCUUGUUUCCAUCCCAUCCCCCCUCUACCUGUUUCGACACCGCUCUUCUCCCCAACCCGGGCUGAGAGGUGUCAGACCUUCCUCUUUUGCAUCAAUCCGUGUGUAACACUUCGAGAGAGAAAAAAAUAGAUAUAGAAAAAGAUUCGUGGUGAGAGAGCUGGGAAGUCAGGAAGUAAGCAUGGACAAGAGGUGGCCAUCAUGGCAUCGGUGGGAGAAGUCUGUAUGAACCACGGCCGAAGAUCUCUUGUCGUCUCGCCAUGCAGGAGAUAAGAUCGCGUCCGGCGAGAUCAGGAGAGCAGAGGACUGGCCUUGAUUUUGCGCCCUGCGAGCGAGCGAGGACGGUCAUGUACUUUUUUGGAAGGAGAUAUUGA